AUGCCUGGAAAAGACGUCAUCCGCGAAUAUGAUAUCGACAAACUACAAGUCCGAGAAUUCAGUACAGAAUCCAAGAAGAUGGUCUCUGAAAUUCUGGAAUUCGAGAGACUUUUGCUCGAGAACUCCACCAAUCGAAAGAUGUUCGACUCUUAUGAUCAGUACUCAGCGCAGCCAGCUGUCUCACAAGCACUCAAUAUAUCUACGCCACGUUUAUUGUCCUUGGCCAAACGAUGGCCCCACCUCCGUGAAUACGGAAUCGAUCUCGUCGAUUUGGCUAACGCGCAAGGAAGCUUGGAAAUUGACGCUCUCCCGAACGAGGCCCGUGAAAGGCUGAUCCUAAUGAUCUCACACAAACUCUCUUCCACAACUCCGAUCGCCGUAGGCGCUGUCGCAGUCCAUUUGGACGAGCAAACUUUACGAUCAAAGACUGCCAUGGAUGUCCUGGCUGACGCCAUCCGUACACAUGAAAUUCCGGAUUCGGAGAAGUUCGAUUUGCUCUGCCGUAUACGAGCGGCCACAACACUAGCGAAAGGGCGCGAGGUCGAAAGAGAAAAGCUUGUUCAUGUCCGCUUGAUUUCUAUCGCCAUCUUUGGACAUACGCACCCGGAAAGCCAAGCGUUGUCCACUCUCUUUUUGUUCCAGCCGGAUCUCAUCCCACAUGUUGCCGAGUUAUUGCAGGUCGGCCGCGGAAUUUCUGUUCACAUCCAAACCGCUUCCAUCGCUGCUCUGGACGCAAUGGCGCGGUAUCGGUCAAAGGUCCAUGAGGUUCUCACUUCGGUCAACGCUGGAGUCAACCACGGAAUCCUGAUGGGACUUUUACUCAAAACCAUAAGUGAUAUUUCAAGUCCCGACUGCAAGAUCCCUCAUAGUUUUGUUGAAGCGUUGCUGUCUUUUGUGACAUUUAUUGCCUCUCAUGCAUCAGGAGGCAACAUGAUUGUCAGAGCUGGCCUCAUUCCUUUGUUGAUCCAGAUCCUCGAGAAUCGACUACCGACGCGCUUACAAGUUGUGUCAAAGACGAUGCAACUUAUCGACAAUAUACUGUAUAGUUUUGCGAACGCCUUCACUGUGUUUUGUUCCUCGCAUGGUAUGGAAGCUUUGGUUGACAGAAUCGAGUUUGAGGUGGACCUUGAUAUUCGUGAACAUGGUGAUCAGCAGAAAUCACGUCAGAUUUUCGGAUCGCAUGGGGAGCUGCCUGUUGUACGAGCUGCUGUCCUUAAACACAUCUUGCGUUCCAUGCACCGUAUGAUGCAAUCAUCCGAGACAUUAGAAGGCUUGCGGGGCCUUAUCGAUAUGUCUAUUCUGAAAUCGAUCAAGAAAAUCAUCGAAUUCGAAUACAGAGGUCUCUUCGGACCAAGUGUCCUUCCUAUCGCGAUCAACAUAAUGGCUACGUUCGAAGCCGGAUUGCCCGAAAUGUUCUACAAGUCAAUCGAGCUCGGACUAGAACCGGCUAUCGAGGUGCUUCAAGCCAUACCAAAUGCUCUCGGAGCACUUUGUUUGAACGAAAUUCUUCUGGAAAAGGAAAAUGCAGUGCUUAUUGGUACAGCGGUCGACGAGCUCAUUCGGCACCAUCCAUUCCUCAAGGCUCCUGUCUUCCAGGCGCUCAAGAGUACUAUGGCAAAGAUAGAAGAACUUGGACAUGCCUAUGUUCCGCCCGAUGACAUUCGCAACUGGUAUCAGCUCACGGUCGCCCGACCUUCGUCUACUUCCGAAGAUGUAGACAAGAUGGAAGGGGUCGAAUCUUCGGAAGGAAAGGAGUCAUCCCCUCCGCCACCUCCGCCUUAUACAGCUGCGUUGCUUGAGCCCCACAGCGAGGAGGCCAUGAGGUUACAUGAAAAUAACAUAAUAUCGUUUAUUGACAUUCUUGGCAGAUUCUUGGAAGGUCUUUUUCAACACACCCCACAUUGUCGUGACUUCAUAUCUCAAACCAACGGCCUAGUUUGUUUGGGCAGGUUGUCCGCGCUACCAUGUCUCCCCUAUGAUUUUGCUAACAGCGUUGCCUCUGAUUCUAUGGUUCAAACAAUGCGCACCUUGACCGUGAGUGAGACACUUCAGCAGAUGUCGCAGCUUGUAAAAGAAUCCCUCCAAGCGACACAAGAAUUCUGGUCUGUUGAUACCGAGGACUCCAAAUUGUUGUCGCUUUUGGAUGUUACCGAUGAGGAAUAUGUCAAUAAGAACUUUUAUUUCCGUAACUUGAUCACACUUCACGUCCGGGUUACAUUACUUUCGGAUGUUUUCUCCACUGCUGGCUAUGCUCAUGGCCGGGGUGCCAUCAGUCUUCUUCAGAAUUUGAUGAUUAGUACAACGCCACAAGUAAUUGCAGACCUAGGUUCAUUACACCGGGCUGGAAUUUGGGAAAAUAUUGUGCUGAAGGCAGCCCUCGCUGCGAAAGGGAUAGAGGUGUAUCAAACCCCGAUACAAGGACCUUCCGUACCCGCUUCGGCGCCCAACGGUGCUGUUGAGAAUGGCGCGUCAACUUCAACAUCUACUCCUACGAAAGAAACACAUACCAGACACGCCGGACCAAAGGAGUUCAACGCCACAGCCUUAAAACAUAUCACACACGGCAUACCCACUGCUCUAUCACCGUUUUUUCAAGAGCAAUCGCAAAAGAAGCAGAUGAUCGAGUCUUCCGCAACAGUUGCGGAUGUGUUACUGAAGCAUUUAUCGGCUCAGAGUGACAUUGAAGACAAAUCCACCCUGUACAUCUACUAUGGUAUCAUGUUAGGCCUAGCUACUGUCCUCUUAAUCGACGAGCGUACCACCAAUCAUACCAUCUACACUGUACAGCUGUUAGCGUUCUACCGCGUAGGCGGCAUGAAUGCAGUGCUAAACGUUAGCCGGAGUUUCAUAUCCUCAAUUCGUUCCAUUGUCCCCAUUCACACCUGA